AUGGGCGUUGCUGACGGGCUGAGCCGUGUGCCUACUAGACUGACGACGAUUCCUGCGGUGGGAGCUCACUGCUCUGAUAUUGUGUGUCAAACCUUCGAUGAAACUGAUCUUCAGAGCAUUGAUCUCAACGUUGUGGGAUCGACCCGUGUACCAUCGAAUGGGCCGGAGCACUCUGCAUGUUCACACAACAGCUCGGGCAUGAUGUUUGCUUUUUUACAUGGUCAACCGCCGAGUGAUCAACAGACCCCAAAUUCUCCCGAAACAGAUGUGGAUCCGAACAGCCUCUGGACGAGGAGCAACAAAAAGAAUGAUGUUGAGCAAAAUUCACCUGCAUCUAAGCACAAUUUCAUAUGGAACAAAGCCUAUGCCAAUCUUCAGAACAACCCCAGCAGACGUGUAUACAAGGAGCGCUACGAAGCGCUUAUGCCUGGAGUCUUUCCAGAUAAAUCCAUUGCUGGCGAAAUAUCACAAGAGGAUGAUCGGCUGCAAUUUAUUUCAGAGCAAGGUUUGCUGAAGGUUCAAGGGAUCAGCAAAGUCACUGGAAAGCUCAAAGAUGUAGCUGGUGUCAUUGAUAAUCUCGAAACACUCUUCGGGAUCACUCUGAAAAAUAUUCCACAAACCGCGUUGCCCUGGGCAAUAGUAUCAUCGAGCUUGCAGAUGCUCGUUACAGCGGUCGACUCAUCGGAUGCUUUCUACACUGGCGUUAUCUGGGUCAUUCAGCGCAUGGACUGGUACUCAAAGAUCACGAAUCAGCUCCUCCGCAAGGAGAAUGAUAUGGAGCUUGUGCCAAUCCGUGAAGACCUUGAGAAGAAGCUGGUGGAGCUCUAUGAAGAGUUUCUCUUCUACCAGAUCAAGAGCGUUUGCUGGUUUCACAGAAAUCAGUCAUUGGCUUUGCUGCGUACAGCUUUGAAGCUUGAUGACUGGAAAAGUGACCUCGAAUCCAUAAAACAGAAGGAAGACCCUUUCCAGGAGGACAUGAAUCAAUAUGAACUAGAGCAGGUUAAUUCCCGGCUAGAGGCCAUGGAUAUGCGACUGCGCUCAGCUUUGGACAGUCAGCAGCACACGACUCAAGAGAUCAUGUCUUCUUUGUUUGUGAUAGAUCCACGAAUAUUGAUGCAAAGAAUCGAAGGACGAAAAGACCCCCUCGUCCCGAAGGUGCACGAGUGGAUGUUUGAGACAGGUGAUUGGAACAAGUUCAUGGACUGGGAUGAUCCUUCUGCGCCAAGCUUCCUUUGUCUCAACGGACUGGCAGGGAGCGGGAAAACAAUGAUGGUGAUCGGAAUAGUCCGACGGUUGACGGCAAAGGAAGAGGCAAAUGGUCACCAAACGCUGCAAUUUUUCUUCCAGGGUAAUGACAGUGGACUCAACAGCCCUUCGGCGCUACUCAGAUGUCUGAUCUGGCUUUUGCUUGACAAAAGUCCGGACCUGGUCACCCACAUCAAGAAAGAAUACGCUACAUCUCGUGAGAAGCUCUUUGAGGGCAAGUACGGAUUUGAUAAUCUGUCACCUAUCUUCAAAAGAAUGCUCCAAGACUUCACUAAAUCAUACCGGACUACAAUCAUAGUCGACGCUCUCGAUGAGUGUGUUGAGGAAGAGCAGAGGAUUGUGCUUAACUUUCUGCAAGGGUUGAUAUCUGGAGACGGCACUAACACAAACACCAAGGUGCUUGUGUCAGGUCGACCGAGCUCCGUAUUGAACAACUGCGCGAAGAAUGGUUCACGGGCAUGCAUGAUAAGAUUCGAAGACAACGACAUCGGGCCCUCCAUGAAUAUCUACAUUGAUGAACAAUCGGCUCGCCUAAAUUCUAGGGCAACAAAACUCGAGGAGAAAAGAAUUGUGGACGAAACCAUUGUACAUCUACGACUUCGCGCAAAAGGCAUGUUCCACUGGACAUCAUUGAUGUUGAGAGAGCUCGAAAAGACGGAUAUCUCAUGGUGGGAACUCACAGUUGCAACCGCUCCCACCGGAAUCAUGGAUUUGUAUGGGGUUAUCUUCAAGCGGCUGGAAACACAAACAUCCGGAGCUUUGUUGCCGGCAUGUAAAGAGCUUCUUGCCUUAGUGGUGACAGUAUAUCGGCCUUUGACCCGAGACGAGAUCUCUCUAUUUCUGAAGCUGCGCCCUGAGUUGUGCUUUGGUGUGAUUUCAGCAUGCGAGUCAUUUUUGACUAUGCAAAAUGACAAGGUAUAUCCAAUACACCACACGGCACAGCAGUACCUUCAAGGAUCUGGUCCAUCCCCGCUGAAAAUGCCACCAGAGCAGCUUCACAGCCAAAUCUUUCGACAGUCCCUCGAAGGCAUGAGGGGUAUAUUAAAGCGUGAUAUCUACGGUCUGUCAGAUCACUGUAUUGCUGUUCAAGAUCUCGAGCCUGAAUUGAUGGUCCCCAACCCGAAUCCCUUGGGGCCUAUCAAGUAUUCCUGUCGCUAUUGGGCCCAGCAUCUCCAAAAGUCUGGCUCAUUCCAGAGUCACAUCGAACUUAUCAACAAGUUUUUCCAUGAACAGUUUCUCCAUUGGCUAGAAGCCAUGGGGUUAUUAGGCUUGUCAGGCAAAGUUUCUGGGAUUCUUGAUGAUGUCCUCAAAGAUUCAGCAGGCAAUGGAAACCGUGAGAUAGAGACUUUUGUGCUUGAUGCUAAGCGAUUUGUAUUGAGGAAUCUGCAGCUCAUGGAAACGGUACCGCUCCAAGUUUACAUCUCAGCAUUGAUCUUCUCUCCGCAGGAAAGCUUAUGCCGACUCCGAUUCCAUCGUGAGUUUCCUGUUGCACUUUCAAGGCUGCCUAAAGUGGGAUCGAAUUGGGGUCCGCUGCUCCGAACUUUUGACAACUGUGAACAAUAUGUGGCGCAAUUUUCACCCGAUGGAGAGUUGCUUGCAACCGCCUCGAUGGAAACCAUCAACAUAUUGAGUACUACUGAGUGGGAUCUACGAAAAUCACUGAAACUCUCUUCUAGCGUCAGAUGUGUUGCAUUCUCACCACAAAAGUGCUUUCUAGCUGCGGGAUCUGACGAUGGCUGUGUGGUUAUCUGGGAUACGACGGAAUGGAAAGAGACACAUCAAUGGAAGCACAGCAUAUCUACAGAAUCGAUCGGGUUCUCUUCUGACAACUUGCGUCUUUUCGGAUGGUCAUAUUCGGAGAGGGCUGUCUGGAGCCACACUCCAGAGGUGAUCGAAAAUGUCUCCAUGGGGAUGGCAUUGUCCCCAUCAGCGAAUAUCCUCGUCACCUUCGGUGAUGAUCAGUUGACAAUGACGGACACUAAGACUUUGAACUUGGUCCGCAAAUUACCGGUGACACAGGCAAUCCGCAACGUUUGCUUCUCGGCAGACGGAAAACGCAUGGUUGCAGCCGGUAUCGACACGACAUGGCUUUUUAAAACUAAAAAUUGGGCCAAUGUUCAAGAGAUACAUGUCAACAACUUCAUCAGGGAGCUAUCGAUAUCUCGAACUGGACGGCUCAUCGCGGGUUCAUCCAUGACAAACCACAUCGACCUGAUCGAUGUAGAAUCGGAGGGGCUCUCAAGAUACGAGAUUGAGGGAUUUGGAAGCGGGGCUAUGACCUUUUCCCCUACCCAGGACAUACUAGCCUCUGCUGGCUUCGAUGAACUAGUGAGAGUGUGGGACACCCCGCCAGACAUUGUACAAGUCCAGUCCUCAUUGUCAGGCGAUAAGCCACCUCAUUGCAAAUAUUGUUUUCAAGUUGUGUUCUCCCCAACCGGUCAACAUGUGGCAUCCCGUGCCUGGGGAUCAGAUAUCAUCCUCUGGGAUGCCAAAACAGGCAGUCAAAAGUUCUGGCUCAACCCUGAAAGUGCAGAUGAGCAUGUCAUGAAAUGUAACAUUCUGGAAUUCUCCCUCGACGGUGAAUGGCUCCUUUGCUGGUCAUAUGGAAGCCCUCUCAAGGUGUGGAGUGUACACUCAGACAAGCCCGAAUUGGAAGUUUCGGAUUUGGGUCAACUGGAAGAUCAAGCAUUUUUUGACGAAGAAGGUCUCGUUAUCAGAUCUCAAGAUCGAGGCGAACAAAAAUUUUCCCAGUUCAGACCGGGUGAUAAUGGAGGCACUAGUCUACCUGACUUUGAAAGGCCAUACACGGUGAUCGGUGAUUAUAUUGUUGAUUCUGUCUCGGGCGAGCGCAUGAUAUGA